AACCCCGCUAGACUUUACACCCAAAGCAAGCUCGCCACCUGAAGUCGUAUAACUACAACCGUGUGGAUAGUUACUGAAAAAAGGAGCACAUCCCUGUCAUAGCCGGAUUCAUUUUUUUCAGUGUAAAGAUGAGUGAUAUCUCUGACGAUGAUAAUGAGAUCUCUUUCGCAGUUAAAUUUCUGGGGCGUGUUGCGGUGGUCCGUUCUGAGGGCAUGCAGAUCCUGAAUGAGGCUGUUCAGAGCCUGAAGAUGCCUGACAAAGAGUCAACAGAAAAGCUGCAGAAGAAGAACAAGGUGUCUUUGUUUUUGUCCAUGAGCGGGAUUGACAUUUUGGAGCACAAAACCAAGUUCAUGCUGUACACAUGCCCCCUCUCCUCCGUGUCCUUCUGUGCAGUCAUCCCGACCACACCCAAAGUCUUUGGCUUUGUGGCCAAACACCCAGCUGCAGACAUGUACCACUGUUAUCUGUUCCAGAGCAAGAAAUUUUCUCAUCUGCUGGUGUCCAUUAUCGGAGAUGCAUUUCGGGCCACAAAGAGAGAGGCAAGCCUCAGAGGAGGCGGACGGGAUCUGAUUGUGGAGGCACUGAGGCACAAGAAUAAAGUCCUGCAGAGGGAGAAUGCCGAGCUGAGGAUGAGACUCAGUGCAUCCGGAGAUGGGACAGACGGGGCUGCUAGAACCACAAACAGACAUCAAAUUGCCCUCACAAGGUCCCAAAAAAAGCAAACAGAAGCACAGAAAUUCUCACACUUAGACAUGUAUCCUCACAAAAUAACGUUUCACUGCAGUGAUGACACAGCGCCUCUACUGAGAACACAGGAACUGAACAUGACAGAUGUUUGAAGAGGAAUGGCCAUGUCAAAUGCAUGUUGAUGAUACACGACUCUAACUAAACUAUAAUGUCUGAAUAAAACAAUGAACAAUAGCUA